AGUAUAAUUUGCCCUUGAGUUUUAAAGGGCAAUGUUUUUUAAAAAAAUUACAAAUGUGACCCCAAUUCCUAAUUCGUAUCACUUGAUACUUCAAAUUCUUAUAGUCACAUUAAAGAACGUCAAAUUUUAAAAUGAUAAGACUCAAAAUUGUCACCAAAUUCUGAAUCAAAGUUUCAUACAAUUUUUUUCGUUUGUAUAGCACUCCUCGGUAUGUAUAUCCAUGCCUGUAGGUACCAUUUGAAAGAUGCAGCUAUAGAAGGAGGACUUCCAUUCAACAGAGCCUAUGGAAUGAAUGCAUUUGACUAUGUUGGGAAGGAUGGUAGGUGUGGUGAGCUUUUUAAAGGUUUUAUGGGAGACUACAAUCCCUUGUUCAUGAAUAAGAUUUUGGAGACUUACAAUGGCUUUCAAGGUUUGAAUUCUAUUGUGGAUGUUGGUGGUGCAAAUGGUGCUAUCCUUAACAUGAUUGUUUCCAAGUACCCUACUAUCAAAGGCAUCAACUUUGACCUUCCUCAAGUUAUUGAAAAGUCUCCUUCUUAUCAUGGUAUUGAGCAUGUUGCAGGAGACAUGUUCUCGAGCAUUCCGAAAGGAGAUGCCAUUUUCAUGAAGUGGAUACUUCAUAGUUGGGAUGACAAACACUGCUUGAAGAUACUGAAAAAUUGCCGAGUCAUUGCCAAAAAAUGGAAAAGUGAUUGCGGUGGGUAUGGUGGUUCUAGAAUCCCCUGAAACGAUUACGCUGUAUUUGGUUGGGGAUUUAGAGAGUGAUUUGGAAAGAGAAAGGAAAAAUGUGUGUGAAAUUAAGUGAAAUAUAAGUAUGUUUUAUUCACAUUUCACCUACUUUUUUUAUUUCUCUUUUUAAAUUUCUACUCAAAUCUCUCAACCGAAUACAACACUAGUGUUGCUGUGAAAAGUGAACUGCAAUUCAGCUUUGCUUGAUGAACAUGAACCCUGGAGGAAGGGAAAGGACCAAAACCCAGCUCCAGCUGUGGCUUGUCGUGCCAACAAUUUCUCACUUGUGGAAUUCCAUAGAAAAAUGUAACCCAUUGUAACUAUUCCUAGGGUAUUUAUUUUUAGGUUGUGUUUGGAUAUAUGAUUUGAGUAGAAAGUUGUGGAGGGGAUGGAAAUAAGAAGGGUGAAGUGGUGAAAAUAUGAGUUAAAUUUUUAUCACUUUUCUCUUCUAUUUUCAUUUUCCGCUCUAAAUUCUUACACAAAUUUAUAA